AAAGGUGAAAAAAUGGCGACUCGCACAGAGUCUGUUUGCGCGUUCAUCUGAAGCUGGAGAAACUUUUGCGUUGGCGAAUGGAAAUAUCGCACCGCGAGUGGAGCGCAGACGUUUUUUUGCGAGGGAACAUUUUAUCCCCCCGGGGCGAGGAGAGCAAUCAAGACGGAAAUCUAGGUGCGUGUGUUAAGGAUGUUGGAGGGAGCGUGCCGGGAUGGCUACCUGGCUGUAGGUGAGGAGGAGCUGGAGGCCAAGCGGCUGCUGCCCAAGCACGACAAAAACUGCAGCGACCUGGAGAGCAAGCUGACCGUGGGCCAGUACGUACUCUGCCGCUGGUCUGAUGGCUUGUAUUACUUGGGCAAGAUCCAAAGGGUUAGCGCUUCAAAGCAGAGCUGCUUCGUGACGUUUGAAGACAACUCCAAGUUCUGGGUGCUUUGGAAGGACAUACAACACGCUGGCGUUCCGGGAGAAGAGCCCAAAUGCUCCGUGUGCUCCGAGAUGACUGUGGUGUCUGAGAAUAAAAUCCUUAUCUGUGGAAAAUGUGGAAUCGGCUACCACCAGCUGUGCCACAUGCCGCAAGUGGAGAGCUCAGCUGACCUCUCGCCUUGGUUCUGCAGGAAGUGCAUUUUUGCCUUAGCAGUGAGAAAAGGGGGCGCACUAAAGAAGGGCCCCAUAGCUAAAGCACUGCAGGCCAUGAAACAGGUGCUCACCUACAACGCUGAGGAACUGGAGUGGGACUCUCUGCACCGCACCAACCACCAGCAGUGCUACUGCUACUGCGGGGGACCUGGAGAAUGGUACCUGAAAAUGCUGCAGUGUUUCCGCUGCGAGCAGUGGUUUCACGAAGCGUGCACGCAAUGCCUGCAGGAGUCCAUGAUGUUCGGAGAUAGGUUUUACUUGUUCAUUUGUGCCGUGUGCAAUAAGGGAGUGGAGUACAUCAAGCGCCUGGCGCUGCGCUGGGUGGACGUGGUCCAUUUGGCCCUGUACAACCUGGGAGUACAGAGUAAGAAAAAGUACUUUGAACUGGAGGAGAUCCUCAGCUUCAUCAGCAACAACUGGGAUCAUUUCCAGCUGGGCAAGCUUGCAAACACUCCUCCCUCAGAGAGAGGCCAGCUCAUCCUUGAUGCUCUUAACAACUACAAAAGCAAGUUUCUCUGCGGAAAGGAGAUCAAGAAGAGGAAAUGUAUCUUUCGGCUGAGGACGAGAGUUCCCCCCAACCCCCCCUCCAAGCUCUUUCCAGAGAAGACGCCAAAAAGCGAAGGACGCAGAGGCUGCAAGAAAGGAGCAACACGCAACGGUUUUGGUCCUGCGGAGAAGCGGAGGAAGAAGAGAUCUAAAUGGCUGCUGGAGGAUGCUAUUCCCAACAAUGAGAUGAUGUCCACCUGGAGCUCCAAUCACCACAUGGCUAACAUCUUCGACUUUACGCUCGACGAGUUGCAGAGUUUGAAAAGUACUAGUUCAGGACGGACAUUCAGUCUGGAUCAGGACUCCACAGAUGCAGCGAGCACGUCAGGCUCUGCCACUACCAGUGUGUCCUACGACUUCAGGAAGAACGUGGGCAGCAGGAAGAGGAAGCUUCCUUCAUCCAACUACAGUGCACUGGCCAGUAAGCGGGAGGCGAUGGAGAGCGAGCUGAGUCCAGUGGGUACGCCAGUGGUCGAGUCCGGGGAUGUAAUGGGCAGUGCCAUCGACAGCCACACCUUUGAAAGCCUGAGCGAAGAUGACACGUCCCUCUCACACCUCAAGUCUUCUAUUACCAGCUACUUCGGCGCAGCAGGGCGUCUCACGUGCGGCGAAAAGUAUCAGGUUCUGGCACGCAGGGUCACGCCAGAGGGCAAGGUGCAGUACCUGGUGGAAUGGGAAGGCACCACGCCUUACUGAGUCACUUAUCUGAGGGCAUGCGAAUGGAGAUGAGGUUCAAGAUGGGGGUUCUUCACUUCCAGGCCUGGGGAGUCACAGUGGGGCAGAGUUCCAGAUUCCAAAAAAUGAACAGAUGAAAUGGGCACAGAUGCCCAAGUGGUCAGUCAGAUUGUCCAACAUCAUCCUGUCAUUAAGAUCAUAGUUAAAGUGAUGUCAUGGAUGACUCUUGGAGUACUGUGACCUUCCAGGGUUGGGAUUGAAGAACACUUGAGCAAACCGUUAUAGAAUGUCACCUUGCUUACAGUAGUUUAUCCUUUUUUAUUUUUUUUUCCUCCUUCUUUCUUCUUUUUACAUUACACAAACAGCUAAACGAUUGAGUUCCAGAAUUCUAGUUUUCUAGUGCAAUUGUAGUUUUCUAAAGGAUCUUAGAAAUAUAUAUGGGUACACAUAGGUUGUGCACUUACCCCAUGUUGGGUAAUGAAGUGUGCUUUCAUUGUUGUUGUUGGUUUUCGUCCCAGUGUCCUGUUGACAGGGCACAAUAAACAGCACAAAACUCACUUGUCUCACUCGAUUCAGCCCGUUAACAUCCUAGUACUUCAAACUUGUGUGUUUUUUUUUUUGUUUUUGUUGUCGUUUUUUCUAGUUUCAGUUGUCGCACUUGUAGACUGGUUUAAUUUUAAAGUCUGUGUGAGAUAAUGUUUUAAAAUUAUAUAGCCAUGACACAAAACAUUUAUUAAAUGUUGACCCUCAAGGGUGUUAAACCAUCACCAGUACAAAUAGUGGACAACAUGAUGGCAGUUUGCCUUCACGUGUGGCGGUAUUACAUUUUUUUAACCACGCCCACAUCAACUCAGUUAAUGCAUGAUGAAUUUUUUUUGUUUGUUUGUUUCCAGAAGGAGGCAUGGUGCAUACUCCUUCUGUAAAUGAAACUAUCUUAAGGAUGUGUUCUUUUCUGAACACAACUAUCCCCCCUAUUCCCUCUGACGGCUACACGCUUCACAGUGAAAAUUCUGAAGGAUCCCUGUCUAGGGCUCAAAAGUGCCAUUUGGUCGUUCCCUUCAAGGACGAUCAUUUUGAAGAACGCUUUGCCACGUCAUCACUUCACUUUGCCACGAGUAGACAAACGUGAACGGACGUGCCAUGCAUAAGGCUCAUCUCUUCAGAAGGGAACACAGCCUCGGUUCCCUACAUGAAAACAGGGCGUGUUUACAAGACGUGUAAGACAGACGCUCUUCCAGCAUCUGUCAAUAAAUUUUCAUCUGCUGUGCGAACGUGAGUCAUUUAGAAUUACUCAGCCAUGUUGUCCACUAUGUAGAGUACUGUGGGGGGGGAAAGAAAGUCAGAUCGGCCUUUUUUAUUUUCAGCCAAAUGAGCAUUCAGUACUUAUUCUGAAUUAUGCGGCGGCAAACAAUAACGAUGGGAAAACGUACAGUACGUUAAUUCCAUUUUCACCGUGUAGCACUUAUUUAUGCAGGUUAAUUUUCAAGUUCAAUAUUACAACUUAAAGUAUUUACAGAUUUCAUACCUGGGUGGUUUUCUGUUCAAUACAUUUACCCGUCGUUCAUGUUCAUUGAUCACAAAUGUAAUGUGAGCACGUCUGACUUAUGUAGCCAUUUUUUAUAUAGAAAUCUCCACCUGCAAUGAUGGACCGAAUGUCUGAUUUAGCCGAAUAUCUGCGUGUGAACAGAGAAUGCACUAAAUCGGUAGUGCUGUGACCUCUAAAGACUCGCCUAUGAAAGCCCUUAAAGUUUAAUCAGUGUACAAAUCCAUUUGCAAUAGAAAACUUUGGCCUUUGUACACCCAUAUACUAUGUACACAUUUCAAACUUGUAUCCUGGUAUGUCGUAUCGCUUCCAAAGACUUUUCUUCCUUUAUAUAUUGCUUCAAUAUAACUGUGUAUCCGAGCCCUAACCUUUAAUCUACCCAAGUUUCACUUGACUGGAAGCUAGUUUAAAAACCGAGUGUAUCAUAUUAGUAUGAUGAGUCUAUUUUGACAUUAUUAGUCUUUUUUUUUUUUUUCUUUUUUUUUUUUUUUUUUUUUUACAGUGUUAAAAAGAAAUAUACUUUAUUAUUUACCUGUAUAUAAUUGGACAAAUGUUUAGCCCCCUUUUAUUGUAUUGCACUAUUAACACGUUUUCUCAGCUAUGCAACUAUUCUUGCUUAACUGAUAUGUCAUAUAUUUUAUAAUUGAUCAGAAGAGAAAAGAAAACUUUUAUACAAAGCACUUACUUUGUGCGUCUUAUCGAUUAUAUAAAACGUUUUAUGGAAAUAUUUCCCCAAGUACAAACAUUUUAUGCAAAUUUAUACAAAUUCAGUGACGUAGAUCAGACAUAAUAUAAGUCAUUAUCCAAAACUUUAACGUCAUCACAUUGAACUAAUGCUUGGUAAGUUCAGCUGCUGAUUCUGAAGGUGUUUGGGUUUUUUUUGUUUUGAUUUUUUUGUUUGUUUGUUUGGUUGUUUUUUUUUUUGGUUGGUUUUUUUUUAUCUUUAUCUUGUGUUAAAGUCACACCUUUUUUCAUCUUGUAUUAGUUCCAGUAAAGAGCUGCUGUGGCGAUAUAGCUGCCAAACACAUCCACACAAGCUCUGUUUAAAGCUGUAUUUCAUGCUGCCUGUUUUGGUUGGGAUCGCUGGAGUAGCAGUUGAAUUGGUCUGCUUUUCAUUCAGAGUGAACUGUGAAUAGCAUCAGCCCGCAAGCUUCCCAGAUCUGAUCUACUUCCACAACAUCCUGAUGUGGCUGUAAGUAAAGCUAGUGAGAGAACAGUUCAGUGUUUCCUAUGAAUAACAGUGUUGUAACAUGCUUUAAGCUGUGUGUGAGGAAUCUUUCUGCUUAUGUUCAUCAUAUGUUAGAUAUUUAACAUAGGUUUUGCAAUAUGUAAUUAUUGGUGUGCCACUCAUGAACCAUUCACUCCAGUUUUAAACAAUAAAAAGCAUUUUGUCAGAA